AUGGAAGCCAAUCGAAGUCGUUUGCUGGCCACUGCCAGGCCAUAUCUGCAGCUAUUCUCUGUUUUGGCUCUCACGCCUCCACCCAGGUUUUUUGAAAGUACAUCAAACUUGCGACUCCUGCGGAACCUAAAGGCCGGAUACUGCUGCUUUGCAUCUGGAGUACUUGUUCUGGUCACCUACGAGUGCUAUGUUAAUAUAAUGGGCUUGCAACGACAACUAGUUCAGUUCCAUGUGGAGGACUUCAGCAAAGUCAUGGGGAACACGCAUAAAGGCCUCGUUUUAGUUAUGGCCAUCUGUAACCACCUCAACAUGUUACUGAACUAUCGACGAUUGGGCAGAAUCUACGAUGAGAUCGCGGCACUGGAAGCGGAUAUUGACGGUGCCUCUAGGUGCUUUGGUGGUCAGCGGCGCUGCUGGAGCUUCCGCUUCCGGUUAGCCAUUUUUGUCGGCCUGUGGAUGGUGCUCCUUGUGGCUCUUAUUCCACCUCUCAGUUACAACCGCGUUAAUGUGUUAGCCAGCGGAACAGACAAGAUUAUAACCGAAAUUGUGCUGAUUAUGCUACAGUUCAAGGGGCCGGAGUAUUGUGUGUUUGUAAUGCUUGUCCACGAGCUAAUUCUCGAGGUGCGGCAUACUCUCCAGCAGAUUAACCAGGAACUGGAGGACUGCAACAUUCGAGACAGGCUUCAGGAGCUGUGUGUGGCCCUGAAGCGCAAUCAGCUGCUUGUCGGUCGCAUUUGGCGACUGGUAGGCGAGCUGGGCAGUUACUUUACUCUGACCAUGAUUCUGCUGUUCCUCUACAACGGCUUCACCAUUCUCCACGUGGUCAAUUGGGCAAUCAUAAAGACAGGCAGUGACUGCUGUCCAUACAAGCGAGUGGGAGUUAGUGUUAUACUUACCAUCAACCUGUUGUUGGUCUGCUCCUACAGUGAAUGCUGCACCAAUGCGUACAAAGACAUUCCACGCAUUUUGCGUAGAAUUCGAAGCUUGCCGGUCGCAGAAGAUUUCCCUAUUUUAAAAAUGGGUUUAAGGGAGUACUUUCUGCAGAUGCAGCAUCUUAAGCUCCUCUUCACCUGCAGCGGAUUCUUCGACAUAAGUCUAAAAUACUUCGCCGGGAUGUUGGUCACCAUACUCGGGUAUAUCAUCAUUCUAGUGCAAUUCAAAUUGCAGGCAUUUGUUGAGACUGAAAAUAAGAAAAUUCUAAAUACUAAUUAA